UCCUAGAGAUUUAAACAGAGAAACAACUUUUCUGGUUGGCUGUGUUUUGUUUUGCGUUUCAAGCCUCCGUCUCUGAUUGGUUGAGGUGGGGAAUUUGAAAUGUUUAUGGGGCUUUCAGUUUAUACGCAUUGCCGCGCCAGUCUUGUUUGAGGCACGUUGUUAAAGUGAAAUACUGCUUUUUCUGUAAAUUGGUAUGCAGAGCUGGUGUUAGGAAUGUUUUAAACUUGUUUUAAGUACUAAACCAUGUCUGGGCUUACUGGAAAAGGCUUUUCGAUGGACAUUAGUCCAACAUGUCGUGCCCAGGAUCCCAAGAACUUCUCAACCGAAGAUACCAACAAGGAAAAUAAGACUGCAUCAUGUCCCGUUUUAUCCUUGGUUCAUUUUUCAAGAGCUCCAUUUCUGAGUUUUGAAUCGGUAAAAUUGGGUUACACCAAAACCGCAGUAUUGGAGAUUGAAAAUCCUAAUGAGGAUGUGACUGAAGUAACCAUAGACAAAUUCCCAUCAGCCAAAGGAUUUUCUGUGGAGAAAAAAUCUUUCAUACUUCAGCCAAAAGAAAGAACUCUUCUCUCCAUAACAUGGACCCCAGUGGAAGAAGGAGGGAUAAGGGAACUAGUUGUUUUUACUGCAAAUGGCAUUGUUAAACAUCAAGCCAUUUUACUUGGAAGAGCAGAAGCACCAAAAAAGAAGAAAAGAAGUUUAUGGGAGUCCAUGAAAAGAAGGAAGCCUUCAGAGAAAUCUGCCUCCUUUAAGACUAAAAAAAAUGAGGCAGUGCAGCCAAAAGCUGCAAACAAAACCUUCCAUGUUUCCCGUAAAGUGGAAUACACAAAGACAGAGUGGGUACGAGGGCCACUUCAGUCAUGUGCCAAUGUGACAGUGACUGAAGAUAAGACCCCAAAAGACCGGUCGAAGUUUAAAGGAAUAUCCUUAUCGCCAAUUGGUGUUGCGCAACAGCAAACUUAUACCCCAGGUUCUCUCAGAAGGUCUACAACUUAUUCUGUACUGGAUAAACUUGAAAGUGAUGACUCACUACAAGAGGAGAAACCAGUUGUACAGACUAUUCUUUACCCCGAUGAGACUGAGGAUAUUGAGUAUAUGAGCAAGCACACUUUUUGCAAGUCGACAACUGUAUCUGAGUAUAUGAAAACAAAUAUUGUGAGAAUACUUAAUCGAACACACUCUCCUGUAAGUACUCCUGAUCGUGUCAUAGUUCCCCUCACUCCACUCAGCCAAAAUCGAAUGUUAAGUCCUGAUUCUUUUCUAAACAACAGCUAUGUCCCGAAUGGAGACCAUGAACUUUCAUCAGUGUCUUCUAUAUUGUCACCAGACCAAUUUCUUAAAGAUGCACUGGAAGCCGUUCAACCUUGUGUAACAAAGACAUGCCAGGAGAGUGUGAAAUCUCCUCUUGAUGCAUCAAGUUUAGAUUCUUCAGCUUCUCCAGAUUCAUUAAAUGAAACGGAUGAUGGCACACACUUCCAAUAUACUGCCAGUGCUGUUGACAAUGCUCACCUGCCAGAAGUGUCCUUUGAAGAUUUGGAGCCUACUAAGACCAGGUUAACAUUCUUUGUUAAAUCAAAGCCUGAUGAUAUUCAAAUAAAAGAGGUAAAAAAUGAUAUUCAAUCUCCUGAUGAACCUAAGAAUCUACCAGUUAUAUCGGCAACCAUUGUCAAAAGCAAAAGUUACUUUGUGAGGGAAAGUAAACCCGAGCCUAAGAGAGAAACAUACAGACGACGACUCCUGGAACCAGAAUCUGAAGUUCCUGUCAAAACAAGUUUAAGUAGACCCAAAGUGGUUGCGUUCCAAAGUCUCCCUGUCAUUGAUUCUGUUGUAAGCCUAGAAGCCCAAAGCAGUGAAGAUACGGUUUCAUCUCCAAUAACUACAAAUCCAGUUCUUCAGAGCAGAAAGAGAAAAGGUGAAGAAUUUCUAGAACAUAAGUGUGAUCAGAAGGACCAACGUUUGGAAGGAAGUAAAAGGAACAAGGCAAUAAGGCCUGUAGUGGAGAUAAAGAAACCAACCAAUGCAAGAAGAAAUACUACUAGGAGUUUGAAUGGUACAGAGCAGAGGCUUCAGAAAAAGAGAAUGGUUUCAUUGGCCUUAAAAUCAUCAGCGAUGCCCUCUGUGAAAACUUCAAAACCAGUGGGGGUUCCGCAGUCACAGCUGAUAUUUUCUAAACCAGUGAAAACAGGGUCACUCUCUUUAAAAUCAAAUGGCACUGCAUCUUUGAAGAUGGCUAAGUCUGCUGUUGUUGGGGUAGCACAGUCACAGCUGACCUUUGUAAAACCAGUACAAACAGUUAUACCAAGACAUCCUUUACCAUUUGCGGCCAAAAAUAUGUUCUAUGAUGAACGUUGGAUAGAAAAAGAAGAGCAAGGCUUUACUUGGUGGAUAAAUUACAUUCUUACACCUGAUGACUUUAAAGUUAACACAGAAGUUUCUAAAGUGAAUGCCGUUUCUCUAGUUUGUGGAGCUGAGCAUCAGAACAGAAUCAAUGUUCCCAAAGCACCAACCAAAGAGGAAAUGUCAUUCAAAACAUAUACUGCCAAUUGCAGGCUGAAUCGUCUUCGGCGUGCAGCUUGUCGUCUUUUUGCAUCUGAAGAUAUGGUAAAAGCCAUUAGACGGUUGGAGCUUGAAAUUGAAGCUCGACGUCUGCUUGUUCGGAAGGACAGGCAUCUCUGGAAAGAUAUUGGUGAACGUCAAAAGGUUCUGAAUUGGCUGUUGUCCUACAACCCCCUAUGGUUAAGGAUAGGACUCGAGACCAUUUUUGGUGAACUUGUUUCCUUGGAGAGCAACAGUGACAUUAUGGGCCUGGCGAUGUUCGUUCUAAGUCGUUUACUGUGGAACCCAGAUAUAGCAGCAGAAUAUAGACACCCCAAAGUGCCUCACCUCUAUCGAGACGGUCACGAAGAGGCUUUGUCUCGGUUUACGUUAAAAAAGCUACUGCUGCUUGUUUGCUUUCUUGACCGAGCAAAAGAAUCAAGGAUAAUUGAGCACGACCCCUGCUUGUUUUGCCUGGAUUCUGAGUUUAAGACUACCAAGGACCUUCUGUUGGCUUUUUCAAGGGAUUUUCUAAGUGGUGAGGGGAUUCUGUCCCGCCAUCUCAGCUACAUGGGUUUAGCUGUUUCUCAUGCUCAGACCCCACUGGAUGAAUUCAACUUUGCUGUAAGAAAUCUUGCUACUGACCUGCGAUGUGGUGUCCGCCUUGUGAGAAUUAUGGAGCUGUUCACACAGAACUGGAGUCUCUCAAGUAAACUAAGGGUUCCUGCCAUAAGUCGCCUUCAAAAGAUGCAUAAUGUUGAGGUUGCCCUGCAAGUCCUUAGAGCGAGAGGGGUGGAACUAAAUGACGAGCAUGGUGCAAAAAUUGACUCCAGAGAUAUUGUGGAUGGGCACAGAGAGAAGACUCUAGCACUGUUGUGGAGAAUAAUUUUUACCUUUCAGGUUGAGAUUUUACUUGAUGAAGAGCAGCUAAGAGAGGAAAUUUCUUUCCUUAAACGGACAUGGGCAACACAUCAGAAGCUUGCAUCUCUACGGUCCAAUGGGGUUCCAAUUGACAAAGAAAAAAAAGACCGCAGUGUAGAUCUGGACUGCCAGACAAAAGUGAAACUCCUGAUGGAUUGGGUGAAUGCUGUAUGUGCAUUCUACAACAUUAAAGUUGAAAACUUCACUGUGUCUUUCUCAGAUGGGCGUGUUCUUUGCUACCUUAUCCAUCAUUACCACCCUUGCUAUUUAGCAUUGGAUUCCAUUAGCCAGAAUACAACACAGACGGUAGAGUGUGGUCAGCGUGGUACAGUUGGGCUCAAUUCUUCAGCGAGUGAUUCUGAUGACAGCUCCUUGGACAUUUGGACAGGAUCAACAAACAGUACAAUUACAACACCAGUGCUUUUCAAAGAGCUGUUGGAGAGUGAGAAGCACAAUUUCCAGUUGGUGAACACUGCCGUUGCUAACCUUGGGGGAGUACCGGCCAUGAUCAGCCAUUUAGAUAUGUCCAAUACCAUUCCAAGUGAAAAGGUGGUUACUUGUUAUCUAUCUUUCCUGUGUGCUCGACUUCUGGAUCUACGGAAAGAAGCAAGAGCUGCCAGGGUGAUCCAAGCCACUUGGCGAAAAUACAGACUGAAAAAGGAGUUUCGACAUUAUGAGGAGAGAACCCAAGCUGCCUGUAUCAUUCAAUCAGCAGCUGUUAAGUUUCUCUGGCGCCGCAGACAGGAGAAGAAAGCCAUUGCUGCAGUCAUCAUCCAGGUAGCAUGGAGAGACCAUGUAGCAAGGAAGAAAGCUAGAGAGAGAGCACUGGAACGACUUUAUAUUCUUCAAAAUGCUGCAGCAACAGUUAUUCAGGUCUGUUGGAAGAGAUACUCUGCAAUGAAACACUUCCAGGAGCUACGAUACUAUACUGUUGUUCUGCAAACCCGGAUAAGGACAAAGAUUGCACUGGCUGCAUAUAAAAAGAUUCUUUGUGGAGUGGUAUUGAUACAGAAACGUGUCAGGGCCUGCCUGUUGGCUAGAAAAGAACGUAAAAAGUAUUUAAUACUGAGGACAUCGGCUACAGUAAUCCAAAGGGCAUUUAGAAGAUGGAAGAACCGCACAUUGAAAAGGCAAAAUAGUGCUGCUGCAGUAAUACAAAAUGCGUUCCGCAAAUGGCAGGUACAAAGACUUGCUAGAAGGAAUGAAGCUGCUGUCAAGAUACAGUCCUGGUACCGCAUGUAUAGAUUCCAAAAACAGUAUUUUGAUGUCCAACAAAAAGUUAUCAAAAUACAGGCAUGGUUUAAGAGCUGCCUGGCUAGGCAAUUGUUUCAGAAAAGGAAAGAGGCUGUUUUAACCAUCCAGAAAUAUUUGAAAGCUUACCGAUUGGGCAAUGCUGAACGGCAAAAGUACUUGCUUGUUCACAAAGCAGUAACAGUUAUUCAGUCCUAUUACAGAGGUAUGAAAGGACGUGAGUUUGUCAGGCAAAUUAAAGCGGUUUGCCUCUUCGAAUCCCUUUGGCAAAUGAAAAGAGAAAGGGUCAAGUUUUUACAUAAGAGACAAAGUGCUGUCAUUUUGCAAUCUCACGUAAGAAGAUGGCAGGCACAGAUGAGUUACCAGAAAAUGAGAAAAUCGAUCUCUUUGAUCCAGGCUUGCUACAGAGCAUAUCUUAUUAAAAAGAAGAUGCAGAACGAAUACAAUAAAAUCCGAUCUGCAGCCACUGUUCUACAAACUGCAUACAGAGGAAUGCAAGCAAGAAAGAAGGCACACAUUCUAAGGUCUGUGAUAAAAAUACAGGCCUACUAUCGUGCUUAUGCCGCCCAAAAGGAAUUCAGAAAGAUGAAAGAGGCUACCAUUAAAAUUCAGGCUUAUGUGAAAAUGGUGCAAACUCGUCGCCGUUACUAUAACCUUAAAAAGGCAGUACAUGAUGUGCAGAGAAUGUAUAGAGCUAAUAAACUCUGCCUCCUACAGAAGCUGGAAUACAGAAAGAAGAGGGAGGCCUGUGUUUGCCUACAGGCAGCUGCCAGAGGGUAUUUGAAGAGAAGACAGAUACAGACUUGGAAAAUGGCUGCAACUAAAAUUCAGUCUACCUUUAGAAUGCACAAGGAAAGAAGUCGCUUCCUUGAAAUACGUAACGCUGCUCUUGUUGUUCAGAAACAUUAUAGAGCACACAAAGAAUCCAGCAUAUGCCAAAGCACAUUCUUGACGUUAAAAGCAGCAACUAUAUGUUUACAGGCAUCCUACAGGGGAUUUAGACUGCGUAAAAUCAUUAGGCUUCAACAUAAAUCUGCAACUAAAAUACAGGCAGCUUUCAGAGCUUAUGCUACAAGAACGAAGUUUCUACAUACUAAACAUGCUUCAGUUGUAAUUCAGAGACAAUACAGGGCCUUCAAAGCUGGACAGAAUCAGAGAAUGCAGUAUGUUAAGAUUAAAUUAGCUGCUGCUACUCUACAAGCAGCCUAUCGUGGGCAUGUGGUACGUAAAGAGGUACAAAAGCAACAUGGAGCUGCAGUGGCCAUUCAGGCAGCUUUUAGAAUGUACAGAGCUCGGAAACACUUCCAUGCUUUAAAGAAUGCAGUUUUAGUUGUUCAGCAGCAUUACAAGGCUAAACUUGUUGGUGGAAAGCAGCGAGAGAAAUAUCUUUCAUUUUGUGAUUCGGUAGUGAAGCUUCAGGCUGCUUGGAAAGGAAAAAGUGUAAGAAUGGAGAUUAAAAAACAGCAUACAUCUGCAACAAUUAUCCAAUCUUACUACAAGACCCAUGUGAUGCAAACAAAGUUCAAAUCAAUGAGACUGGCAGCUUUAGUAAUACAGAGACAAUACAGGGCUUACAGUUUAGGGAAGAUGCAGCGUUCUCAGUACCAACAGACCAGAAAAGCUGCAGUUGCCUUGCAGGCAGGUUUCCGUGGAAUGAGAGUCAGGAGACGGCUGCAAGAACAUCACAAGGCAGCUUGCACAAUUCAAACUGCAUUCAAAGCUUUUAUGUGCAACAAAAGACUUGCAUCACUUAAAACUGCUGCAGUUGUUUUCCAGAGAAGGUAUCGGGCCCUAGUAGUCGGCAGAUCUCUGCGUCAACAAUAUAUUGAACUUCGCCAAGCUGCAAUUAAGAUCCAAGCAGUUUAUAGAGGUGUCAAAGUAAGAAAGGACCUACAGAACAUGCACCAGGCUGCCACUGUGAUUCAAGCACAUUUUAGGAUGCACAAAGUACGACUUCCUUACUGUGCUAUGAGACUGGCUGCAACCGUAAUACAAAAUCAAUACAGAGCUUGCAUGAAAGGGAAACAGGAACGUGAAAAAUAUUUGGUAAUAAGAAAAUCUGCUAUUACCAUUCAGUCAGCCUUCAAGGGCAUGAAAGUUCGCCACCAGCUAAGAACCAUGCACAAAGCUGCGACACUGAUUCAAGCACGUUAUCGAAAGCACAAACGUCAUGUGCAUUUCAAAAGGCUUUGCUGGGCUGCAGCAGUGGUGCAACAAAGGUACAGAGCAACCAAACUAAUGAAAGCCGAAGUCCAGAAAUACAGUGCAAUGAAAAAUGCUGCAGUUUGCAUUCAGUCUUUUUUCCGUGGCAUGAAGAUAAGAAAGCAGCUGAAAGAAAUGAAGAAUGCUGCCGGACUAAUUCAGAGGAGGUAUAAAGCCUUUAGAGAUCGCCAGCAGUAUCUGUCUUUGAAGGCAGCUGCUACAGUCGUUCAGCAGAGGUACAGGGCCCACAUAUUAGCAAAGCUUCAGAAGGAGCAAUACUGUAGUAUGCGUGCUGCAGCUAUUUCUAUACAGGCUGCAUACAAAGGCAUGGUAGUAAGGAAGGAAAUUGUGAAGAGGCAUCAGGCUGCCACUGUGAUUCAAGCAGCAUUCAGAAUGCAUAGAGUGAUGAUACCGUUCCAAGCAAUGAGACUAGCAGCAGUUCUCAUACAGAGGCAGUACCGGGCAUACCUGCAGGGUAGAAAUGAAAGGGUACUCUUUUUGAAAUAUCGGAACAGUGCCACUUUAAUACAGGCAGCUUACAGAGGAAUGAGGCUUAGACAGCAGUUACGAGAUGAGCACAGUGCUGCAGCAAUAAUACAAGCCCAAUUCAGAAUGUACCAGCAGAAUUCUUAUUACAAGAAGCUUCAGUGGGCCACUAAGCUUGUGCAGCAAAAAUACAGAGCCUGUAAAGAGAGAGAUGCUGAGGUACAGAUUUACAAGUCCAAGAAACAAGCUGCAGUGGUUGUUCAGGCUGCUUUCCAUGGAAUGAAGCUAAGAAAGCAGCUGAAAGAAAUGAAGAAUGCUGCCGGACUAAUUCAGAGGAGGUAUAAAGCCUUUAAAGCUCGCCAGCAGUAUCUGUCUUUGAAGGCAGCUGCUAUAGUUGUUCAGCAAAGGUACAGGGCCCAUAUAAUAGCAAAGCUUCAGAAGGAGCAAUACUGUAGUAUGCGUGCUGCAGCUAUUUCUAUACAGGCUGCAUACAAAGGCAUGGUAGUAAGGAAAGAAAUUGUGAAAAGGCAUCAGGCUGCCACUGUGAUUCAAGCACAUUUUAGGAUGCACAAAGUACGACUUCCUUACUGUGCUAUGAGACUGGCUGCAACCAUAAUACAACAUCAGUACAGAGCUUGCAUGAAAGGGAAACAGGAACGUGAAAAAUAUUUGGUAAUAAGAAAAUCUGUUAUUACCAUUCAGUCAGCUUUCAAGGGCAUGAAAUCUCGCCACCAGCUAAGAACCAGGCACAAAGCUGCGACACUGAUUCAAGCACGUUAUCGAAAGCACAAACGUCAUGUGCAUUCCAAAAGGCUUUGCUGGGCUGCAGCAGUGGUGCAACAAAGGUACAGAGCAACCAAACUAAUGAAUGCCGAAGUCCAGAAAUACAGUGCAAUGAAAAAUGCUGCAGUUUGCAUUCAGUCUUUUUUCCGUGGCAUGAAGAUAAGAAAGCAGCUGAAAGAAAUGAAGAAUGCUGCCGGACUAAUUCAGAGGAGGUAUAAAGCCUUUAGAGAUCGCCAGCAGUAUCUGUCUUUGAAGGCAGCUGCUACAGUCGUUCAGCAGAGGUACAGGGCCCACAUAUUAGCAAAGCUUCAGAAGGAGCAAUACUGUAGUAUGCGUGCUGCAGCUAUUUCUAUACAGGCUGCAUACAAAGGCAUGGUAGUAAGGAAGGAAAUUGUGAAGAGGCAUCAGGCUGCCACUGUGAUUCAAGCAGCAUUCAGAAUGCAUAGAGUGAUGAUACCGUUCCAAGCAAUGAGACUAGCAGCAGUUCUCAUACAGAGGCAGUACCGGGCAUACCUGCAGGGUAGAAAUGAAAGGGUACUCUAUUUGAAAUAUCGGAACAGUGCCACUUUAAUACAGGCAGCUUACAGAGGAAUGAGGCUUAGACAGCAGUUACGAGAUGAGCACAAUGCUGCAGCAAUAAUACAAGCCCAAUUCAGAAUGUACCAGCAGAAUUCUUAUUACAAGAAGCUUCAGUGGGCCACUAAGCUUGUGCAGCAAAAAUACAGAGCCUGUAAAGAGAGAGAUGCUGAGGUACAGAUUUACAAGUCCAAGAAACAAGCUGCAGUGGUUGUUCAGGCUGCUUUCCGUGGAAUGAAGUCCAGGCAACAUGUGAAGGACAUGCACAAAGCUGCCACAACUAUUCAAAGGAAAUUCAAAGCCCAUAGUGCACAUAAACGAUAUGUUUCUCUUAAAACUGCUGCUGUUGUAAUUCAGCAGAAAUAUCGGGCCUUGAUUGUUGAAAGACAGCUCAGAAAAGAAUACAGUUCUCUGUGUUGCGCAGCCAUUACCAUACAGGCUGUGUAUAGAGGUUUAAGAACAAGGAAGCAUAUCCAGCAAAUGCAUCAUGCAGCUACUACGAUCCAGGCAGCAUACCGAAUGCAUAGAGUACAGCUCAAAUUCCAGGCAAUGAGGCUUUCUGCAGUCAUUAUUCAGCUGCAUUAUAUGUCUUACAGUCGAGGCAAAAAAGACAGGGAAAAGUAUUUGCAAUUAAGAUACUCUGCUUUGACAAUUCAAUCGGCAUUCAGGGGAAAGAAAGUUCGACAGAAUUUAGCUGCAAUGCAUAAAGCGGCAACCAUCAUACAGGCCCGUUAUCGAAUGCACAGACAAAAGACUGAUUUCAAGAAGUUAAGCUGGGCGACCAAAGUCUUCCAGCAAAGAUACAGAGCUCUAAGAACGAGAGAUGCUGAAGUACACCGGUAUAACAGAAUUAGGAAAGCGGUGUCUUGCAUUCAGGCUGCAUUCCGUGCUAAACGAGAAAGAGAGCUGACUAACAGAAAAAGAGCUGCUCAGCGUGUUCAGUCAUUUUUAAAAAUGUGUGUUCAGAGACGCCAAUUCCUGCAGCAAAAAGCAGCUGCAGUAGUCCUUCAGUCUGCAUUCAGAGGCUAUAGAACAAGGGUCUGUUACAGAGCAAUGCGCCUUUCAGCAGUUGUGAUCCAGCGGUGGUACAGAGCCUACAAAGUUUCUCAAAAACAGAAAGCAGAAUACCAGGCAAUAAAACAAGCUGCAGUAACUGUGCAGUCGGCUUUCAGAGGAAUGACUGCAAGAACACUGGCAAAGCAAAAGCGUGCUGCAAUCAAGAUUCAAUCUGUCCUUCACAUGGCUGUCCACAGAAGGAAGUUCAUAAAACUCUGGUCAGCUGCAGUAACUUUGCAGGCUCAUUACAGGGCAGUGGUAACUAAAAGAAAGUACACCAGUUACAAAACCGCAGCCCUGACGUUGCAGAAGCAUUACAGAGCCCAUCAGGCUAAGAAGCUUCAGAGAUCUGCCUACCUGAAGACAAUGAGAAGUAUCCACUUACUUCAAGCAACAAUCCGGGGAUAUAUUGCACGCAAAAGAAUACAGAUGCUGAAGGAGAGUGCAGUGAAAAUUCAGGCCUUUUAUCGAGGAUAUGCAGAGAGGAGAAAGUUCCUUCAUUAUAAAUAUUCUGCAACAAUAAUACAGAAACAUUACAGGGCACAUUUACUACAGAAAGCAGAAAGGGAAACAUAUCUGAAGGUGAAGACUUCUGCAACAAUUUUACAGGCAAUGCUCAGAGGCUACAUAGCAAGACGACUUGCUAAAAAAAUGAGAGCAGCACAGAAAAUCCAAGCCUGGUACAAAGGCUGCAUAACCCACAGAGAGUAUAGAAACACACAGAAGGCUAUUGCAACAGUCCGUGGUUGUGUUCAAACAAGAUUAAUAAGAAACAGAUUUCUGAUGAUCUGUCGCAGUGUAGGCAUAAUUCAGAGAAGGUGGAGAGAAACUAUUGAAACAAGGAAAACUCAUCAAGAAUUCAUAAAGAUCAGGUCAGCUGCUGUUAAAAUCCAGGCUGUUUGGAGAGGAUACAGCACAAGGAAACGGCAUGAUAAGGAACAGAAAGCUGCCUGUCUAAUCCAGGCACUAUACAGGGGAUUUGUACAGCGGAAAAAUUUUCAACAACGACAAAGUGCUGCACUGACCUUGCAGAAGUAUGUGCGUGCAUGGCAGACAGGAAAAACUGAACGUUUGAAAUUUGAGAGAAUGAAGAACGCUAGUGUCUCUCUCCAAGCAUGCUGUCGUGGCUGGCUGGUCAGAAAAAGGAUUUCUGAGGAGACACAAGCCAAACAAAGACUACGCUUCACAGCAGCUGCUUAUCACCAUGUGUGUGCUAUGAAGAUUCAAAGAACGUUCAGAGCUUAUUUGGCACUGAAACAUGGAAGGCAGCAAAUGCAUUCUGUGAUUUGCAUACAGAGGUGGAUAACAUCUAAAUUACAGCGCAGAAAAUACCUAAAAGACCGAGAAAAAAUCAUAAAGGUUCAGCGAGUUUCGAGAGCUUGGUUAAAUCGCCGCUUCAAGGCUGCCUCGGUUAUUCAGCGAGCCGUGCAAAAAUACCUGUGCAGGAGACGACAGCAGAGGGUACAGCAUGGGGUUGUCAAGAUUCAGGCACUGUGGAGAGGAUUUUGUUCACGAAAGAGAGAUGCCCCAAAAGUGGUAGCAAUAAGGCGCCGUGUUGAAAAGGCCAACAAAGAAAGCAAAGAAGAAAACAAGCUUGGUAACAAAACUGCCACUGCUAUUGACUAUCUUCUGAGAUACAAGGAUCUGUCCUACAUUAUUGCAGCUCUGAAACAUUUAGAGGCAGCAACCAGACUUUCAUCUGUGUGUUGUGAAAACCUUGCUGAGAGUGGAGCCAUUUCAACGAUAUUCAUUUUAAUCCGAAGCUGCAAUCGUAGUGUACCUUGCAUGGAAGUAAUUGCAUACGCAAUUCAAGUCCUUCUGAAUCUGUCAAAGUAUGAAAAAACCACUGGUGCAGUGUAUGAAGUGGAACAUUCCAUUGACACACUGCUAGACCUGUUGCAAAUCUAUAGAGAAAAAGCCGGGGAUAAAGUUGCAGACAAAGGAGGAAGCAUUUUUACAAAGACCUGUUUCUUAUUAACCAUUUUGCUGCAAGAUGAAAGGAAAGCUUUGGAUGUUCGCAAGCUGCCAAAAGCAGAAGAUCGCAUUCGCAGCAUUUACAAGCUCACAGCCCGAAAACACAAGAUGGAUGCAAAACUAACAAUAACAAGACAGAAGAUGAAUAUGUCCCUUAAUGGUAGCUUCUUUGCCCAAGCAACUCCUGUAAAAACAAGACUAGUACCAAAAAUCGCACCAGAUUGGGUCUUAAGAAAAGAGCGCAUGAGAGAGAUGGUGGAUCCUCUCCGGGCCAUUCAGAUGGUUGUUGAUGCAUUUGCUAUUUACCCUGUAACACUCUAAAAAUAAAAUCUUUUAUACUGUCAUGAAUAAUUAGAUUAGCUUACUAGUCAGCAGUGUUGAAUGGUGUGCAUUGUUGCAAGCGUUGAACUAAAAUAAAGGUAGAGAAGUUUUUAAUAACAACCCAUUGUAAAUCUUAAUGUUUUUCUGUAAUUUUACAGAUUCAUACUUGGUAAAAAAAAAAUGUAAAUACUUUUUCAAAAAUAAAUUUUAACUUUCUGUUAACUGUCAUUUUAUUUUACAAAGCAUUGGACACAACUUGAUAGAAUGAUUUAUACAAAGUCUAAUACAUAUUGCAUUUAGUUUCACAGACUGCCUAUGGCCAUUUUCACCAAGAUUAGUGCUAGUUGGUGUCUGAAAUCACUGGAUUAUUGUGGAGGGGCACACUCCUAGCACAAGUCCUCAUUCUUUUUACCGUCUAGAGAUUGGUCAGGUUUUAUGACUGUAGAUCUUUUAUAUUGUAGAAGCCAAUCCGAAUAAACUUAGCUGUUUACAUGAAACUUGUCGUGUUUUGGAGGUAUAAAUGUAAUGACAUAUUACAUUGUGGUGAAGCAUUGAUAUUUUAUUAGUCUUUUGUAAGCAUUUUUUCCCCCCACAUGUUUUCUAGUUAUUUGUUUAGUACUGUGUUCUUAAAGUUGAAAAACAAAAUGGCAUAAGUAAAGCGAAGGUCCCUGGUCACAGGCCAAGUAAAAAGCCACUCUUAGGAAAAUGUCACAAGGAAAAUCGCUUAAAGUUUGCAAAACGGCAUUUGAAUGAUGGAUAUGAGUUCUGGUCAAAUCAAGCUAUGUGGUCAUGCUGAUAGUCGUUACGUUUGGAGAA